UCUUAAAUUCUGCUCUGGGAAGCUCUGGGAUGCUGUCUGCAGCCUCGGCAACUUCUCUCCUUAUGCCCCUUAAUUGAGUCUCACUGGAGACCAAGACAUAGAACAGAAACUGAGGAUUUUUGUUGGCCUUUAAACUGAGGACUGUCUUCUUCUUUUUGUUUGCCUUAAAAAAUCUGGUAGAAGAGAGGGAAAGGCAUCUCCACAGUGAGGCUAGACUCAUUCCUCCAAAGUUACAGCUGCUCUAAAUCUGUUUUCUCGCACAGAUAUGGCAACAAGCAGCCGUCCCUUUGCAUCACUUGAUACAAAACUGGCCUCUGGACGGCCCGGAUCAUCUAAUGUGAGCAGGUCAACAUCAAACAAGGUGGAUCUCAAGUGUGGCCUAGAAGAAUGUGAAGUGGCAUUGAACUUAUUUCUAAGUAACAAAUUUACAGAUGCCUUAGAAUUGCUUCGACCAUGGGCUAAGGAGAGUAUGUACCAUGCUUUGGGCUACAGUACUAUUGUGGUGUUGCAGGCAGUCAUGACCUUUGAGCAACAGGACAUCCAGAACGGCAUCUCUGCCAUGAAGGACGCAUUACAAACCUGCCAAAAAUACAGGAAAAAAUGCACAGUUGUAGAAUCUUUCUCAAGUCUUCUUUCUAGAGGAUCAUUGGAGCAGCUGACUGAAGAGGAAAUGCAUGCCGAAAUCUGUUAUGCCGAGUGUCUCCUACAGAAAGCAGCACUCACGUUUGUGCAGGAUGAAAAUAUGAUCAACUUCAUCAAAGGUGGACUCAAAAUUAGGACAAGCUACCAAAUAUACAAAGAAUGUCUUUCUAUCCUGCAUGUAAUUCAGAAGAAUAAAGAUGAACAACAGUUCUUCUAUGAAUUUGAAGGGGGUGUCAAGCUUGGAAUAGGUGCCUUUAAUUUGAUGCUCUCCCUUUUACCAGCCCGGAUUAUCAGACUGCUAGAAUUUAUAGGAUUUUCGGGAAACAGGGAGUUGGGCCUCCUGCAGUUACAGGAAGGUGCAUCAGGAAGAAGCAUGAGAUCUCCAUUAUGCUGCCUAACUAUACUAGCUUUUCAUACUUACAUCUCCCUCAUACUUGGUACAGGAGAAGUGAAUGUUGUGGAAGCAGAGAAUCUCCUCGCGCCCUUCCUCCAGCAGUUUCCAAAUGGCUCCCUCAUGUUGUUUUAUCACGCCCGGAUAGAGCUGCUGAAAGGGAAUGUGGAGGAGGCACAAGAGAUAUUUCGAAAAUGCAUUUCAGUUCAAGAAGAAUGGAAACAAUUUCACCAUCUCUGUUACUGGGAGCUGAUGUGGAUAUAUGUAUUUCAACAAAACUGGAUGGAGGCAUAUUAUUAUUCUGAUCUGCUUUGCAAAGAAAGUAAAUGGUCCAAGGCAACGUAUGUGUUCUUGAAAGCUGCAAUUUUGAGUAUGCUUCCAGAGGAGGCUGUCAUAGCAACGAAAGAGGAUGUAGUGACUUUAUUCAGACAGGUGGAUAGCUUGAAGCAGAGAAUUGCAGGGAAAUCUAUCCCUACUGAGAAGUUUGCUGUCAGAAAGUCUCGUCGUUACUCUGCCUCGUUGCCUGCACCUGUGAAGCUCAUCGUGCCUGCCCUGGAAAUGAUGUAUGUCUGGAACGGUUUUCCAAUAGUGAGCAAGAGAAAAGACCUUUCCGAAAAUCUGUUGGUCACUGUCGAAAAGGCUGAAGCUACUUUACAAAAUGAAAACAUGAGUGACUACUCUGUGGACGAUGAGUGUCUGGUAAAGCUGCUGAAAGGGUGUUGCCUGAAGAACCUGCAGCGGCCCUUGCAAGCCGAGCUGUGCUUCAAUCACGUCAUCCAAAGUGAAAAGCUACUGAAGUAUGACCACUACCUAGUGCCAUUUACUCUGUUUGAGUUGGCCUUUUUGUACAAAAGCCAAGGGGAAAUUGACAAGGCCAUAAAGACCCUAGAAACUGCAAGAAACAACUACAAAGAUUACUCCAUGGAGUCCAGGCUACACUUCCGAAUUCAGGCAGCGCUUCACCUCUGGAAAAAAACUUCCUCUGAUUGAUCAGAACAUGAAGGAUGGAAUUUUCCCUAAAUUAGCACCAAUAUUUGCUAUAGAUUAGACCUUGUAUUAAAGUGGAAACUGGUCUUGUGAAUGAGAGACAAAAAACUAAUUUUAUUGUCAAUAUUUUUUAUCAUCUGUGUGGUUUAUUGUUGGUCUGCGUAAAUGUUUUUUUUUUCUUGUGAAACAAUGUUCAAUGUUCAGUACUAUCUAGAAAAUUCUUAUAUUUUGCCUCUCCAAAAAGAAUUUCAUAUUAGAUUUGAAUUGGAGAGUGAAGAAGUCUUUUAAAGGACUCACAGGUACAACAAAGUCUGAUUAGAUUAUUUAUUUUUUUAAUGUGGAAAUUAAUGUUUAAGUAACAAAUGGCUGAUAAAUUGAGCCACUUUUAGAUUUGUUGGUUAGAGAUAUUUUGUUGUCUACUAUUUAAAUUUAAGAGGGGAAAUAAAAAUCACCUACAUUCAAAAUAGAUUAACAAUAACUUGAAGUCUCCUGAAAGAGACAGGCAGUGGGUGUGAAUAGGGACAGGAUGAUGUCCUUAACGGGUUGAAGAGAAUCAUAUCUACAAAGAUGGUGAAAUUUUAGGUUUUGGGUUUUUUUUAAUUCUUCAUGUAAGUUAAAGGUGGUGACAUUUUUGAGCAACUAGACUUUUUUUGAAUGUACUGAAGUCUAUUAUAAAAACAAAACUCAAAAAACUGUCUAAAGGGAAGAAAAAGUCCUAUUUUAGAAAUUAUCCUCAGCCUUAGCCAUGAGAGUCUAAAAUACCUAUGUUGAUUAUUUUUUUUAUAGGAAGCAAAAUUCCUGCUGCUUUAAAUAUGUAAAAUAUCAAUAAUUUUUAUACUCAUGAUGUUGGUGAGUAAGAUCUAAUUUUCUAAUCUCUCUAUCUAGCACUGUGAUGGUUCCUUGUAGAUAUCUGGACCAUGCGUCGUCCUUUAUCUGGGAAACCCAAUCAGGGAAGAAUGUGGGGAGAGCCUGGCUCUGCUACUUCAUAGCAGUUACUGGGGUGACCUUUAGAGAGCCCCCUGCUCUUUGCAGCAGCAUAUUGUCCUCAUCUGUGAAAUGGAAAAAGAACAGAUGACUUUUCAAGGUCUCUUUCAGUUUUGUAACUGUGAGUCUGUGUAUUAGGCAUUUUCAGCAAAAGUGUCAAACUGUUUAACCCAACCAGUACCACAAAGUGCAUGUCUUAUUCUACAAUCUUGUCUACUCCCAGUCCUCCCGUGUGUUGGAGUUAAUGACAGGAUUGCAUUCAGGGUGAGGAAAAAUAAUUCAUGGAUCUAUAAAUCAGGGUGUGGUCCUAUUUCAUUCCAUUUUGAAGAGUAACUUAUCAUGGAAACUUAUGCAGUUUAACAGAACAGCCCCAGAUUGGGAGUCUGGAGCCCACCUCUGCUAGUCAGUAGUUCCUUGAUGUGGUGUAAGAUCCUUCAUUAUUUCUGUGACUCCAUUCCCCUCCCACUGCCCCCCAGGGUGGGGGGUAGGGGAGGAGACAACACACCACUUGGUGCUCGUGAGGAAUCAGUUAGAUAAUCCCUGUGAUAGCUUUUGGUAAACUGUAAAAGGCUAUGUGAAUAUAUGAGUGCUGUAAUAAUUAUGGUUUUUAUGUGCUGAUUACAAUACCAAUACAAAAAUA